AGUAAGGUCGAAGUUGAUCCUACAGUAGAUGAAGUGAAGAAACUUUGUAAUACAUGUUGCAGAUAUGCCAAGUCAGAGAGUUUUAUUUCAUUACAAUGGACAUGGUGUUCCAAAGCCAACUGCAAAUGGUGAAAUCUGGCUGUUUAAUAAGGAAUGGUUGUUUGUCUUCCUUCCCUAACCUUAUCUGCUGCAGGAAUGGUUGUUAAUGCCUUCAUUGAGCUUCUUGACUGUGGCACUUCUAACUACCCUGGAUCUUCAAGAGACUACAUUCUUCUGGCUGCGUGUGAAGCACAUGAGACUCUUCCUCAAAGUGCUGAAUUUCCUGCCUAUGUGUUUACUUCUUGUCUUACUACACCUAUCAAAAUGACAUUGAGAUGGUGCAUACUUUGGCUUUCUGUUCCGGUGUUUUGGAUUCUCUGGCGGUUGAAUUGAAAGCAUCAAAGGAAUUCUCUAAGUUAUAUGCAGGCAUUGCAAUACUUUGGCUUCACAUAAGCUUGAACCAGCCCUCUGUUGUAUAUUAUUUCUUCUUUUUUUUUUUUAUCUUUUUCCUUUGAUUAAUGAGAGGUGAUGAAGAAUUGGCAUUAUUUUCUCACGAGGAUAAAUUUUGUUUUAGAAAUUGUAAUACUUUGUGUGUUUGUGUGUGUUAUUUUUAUGUAUUAAAUUACAUAUUGAAUCAAUGUUAUAUAUUAAAUUUAAAUUCAUUAAUUUUU